AUAACACUUUCAACUACAUCCAGAAUUAUUUUUUUAACCGGAAAAAAAUGCAUACAAACCCUUUCCAUUAAAAACUCUCUUCCUUUAUUUUUUUUUGCAUAUAAUUUCAUUAUAUGUACAAACUAUUCCAAAUUUUACUUUUCUCUAUUAAAUAUAUCAGGCAUUUCUUCCCUUCCCUAUACCUAAUAAUCUUUUUCUAAAAGAUCAGCUUACAAAACAUAUCUUUAAUUUAAAAAAUCUACUGCUUUUUCAUAUUAUAUUAAUAGCUUAUGAAAUGUCUUUUUCUCUUUUUCUAAAUAUUCAAGUACUAGAUCAUUCUCUUUUAAAUUUAUUCUCAUAAUAAAAAUCUCGAAUUGCUUUUUUUAACAUAUAUUUUAUAUUAUAUUCUCUUUUUCUUCAAUCUUUUCUUUCUCAUUAUCUAACUCUAUUGUUAUCUUAUUUGUAUAUUCUUUUAUUUAUUAACCUAAUUAUGCUAAUUCUUCCAUAUUUAUUUUCUCAUUUUGUUUUUUAUUAAUUAUAUCAUUUAUUAUUCCUCUAUAAUUUUUUACUUAAUACCAAAUAUUUAUUUCAUAAAUAUUUCUUUAUUUAUCUAAUUCUUUUUAGUAUGUUUAAAGCUCACUUGUUUUAAUGAUUUCUUCAUCAAUUUUUUUUGAAUAUUCGAUAAUAUAUUGAUUUAAUUUUUAUUCUUUUAUGUUCAUUCCUUAAUAGUCUUUUUCCCAUU